UCGGAUUGUUUAAUAGAAAGAUUUAUAUACUAACUGUAUUAUUUACUUUGGGAGGGGAGGUGGCAGUAUAAGGGUAUGCUAAUUAGUGGGAGAUUUUUUGGGGGAAGGGGUGGAAUAUCAAUUUUUAUUGCAUCACCUGUCAGGAGUGUCCAAUCAGCGUUGGCUUUAGGGGAAUUAAUUGAUGAAGGUGUCUCCGGACGAGCUCACUUCACUCUGUCAUUUUAUUUGUAGCUAAAGCAGCGGCGGGAAUAGCAGCUGCAUUUCUUUUCUCUUCCUCCCUUCACAUUCCAUUAUCAUAGUUUCCAAUGGAAAAGCAGGGAAUGAAAGGGAACAGGUACUGAUCUUCAGCAGCAACUUAGAGAAACACUUUGGCAAACCUGAUUUUUAAGAUUAUAUACUGAUUGUAGUCUCGCGGUAUUUUUUAAUUUAUUUUUUAAAAUUUUGUCUAAAGUUUGGCACUUCAUUCACCAGGAAUAACAGCCUUUGUUAUAUUUUAUUAGCAGGAUGCCUUGAGACAAAUACAGCAUCUGGCUGAGGAUUGUGUGUGUGUGGCUUUUUAUUUUUUUUUCUUUUUUUUUUUUUUCAUCUCUCUCUCUCUCUGCAAAUGCUGGGAAUAAUUUAAUUCACGAAAUGGGAGACCUGAAGUCGGGUUUUGAAGAGGUGGAUGGCGUGAGGCUCGGCUACCUCAUCAUUAAAGGAAAGCAAAUGUUUGCACUCUCCCAGGUUUUUACAGACCUGCUCAAAAACAUCCCGCGAACUACCGUGCACAAGCGAAUGGAUCAUUUAAAAGUAAAAAAACAUCAUUGCGACUUGGAGGAGUUGAGGAAACUCAAAGCCAUCAACUCCAUCGCUUUCCACGCUGCCAAAUGCACCCUGAUCUCCAGAGAGGACGUGGAAGCCCUGUACACAUCCUGCAAAACCGAACGGGUUCUUAAAACGAAACGGAGGAAACUGAGCCGGGCGCUGUCUGCCACGGAUCUCCGGCCGGAGCUCGCUCCCGCCGACCCCUUCUCCGGCUUCUGGAAGGAGAACAAACUUUGGCUGGGUCUGAGCGACUCUCCUCGGCCGCUGCUGCCCGUCCGGAGGAAAGCUCUGCGCCCGGGGGACACAGCCUUGCUACCGGCCGCUCAUCUACCUCACAUUUUUAGUAAAUACACUGGCCACAGCUACCCAGAAAUCGCUCGGGCGCCUUGCAAAUCCCCCGCAAACUAUGAAACGGCGCCGGCGGUGGGCGGCUGCGUGCCCCUGCGCUCCCGCCGCCCGCUCGCCGCCGCGGCGCGGCCCCGGCUCCCGACCGCCGGUCCCCCGCCCCUGCCCGCCCGCUGCCGCCGCCGCCGCCACGGGGCGGCCGCCACCGCCGUCACGCUGGGCCCCCCCGGCGGCGCCCGCCGGCCUCUGGCCCUGCCCCGGCCCUGCCGGCCCCGCGGCGCCCCGCGGCUGCCGCUGCCUCUGCCCCGCGGCUUCGGGCCGGCCGCCUUCCCCGAGAGCGGCAGCAGCGACUCGGAGUCCAGCUGCUGCUCGGGCCGCGCCGCCCACGACUCGGACUGCGGCUCCAGCCUCUCCAGCUCCAGCGAGGGCAGCUCGGAGGAGGAGGACGAGGAGGAGGAGGACGAGGAGGGCAGCGGCGCCUCGGACUCCAGCGAGGGCAGUUCGGAGGAAGAGGAGGAGGAGGAGGAAGAGGAGGAGGAAGAGGAGGAGGAGGAGGAGGACAGCACCUCGGACUCCGACUCCAGCUCGGUCUCCAGCCAGGUUUCGGUGCAGAGCAUCCGCUUCAGGCGCACCAGCUUUUGCAGCCCGCCCGGCGUGGUCCACGCCAACUUCUUGUACCAUCUGGCCGCCGCCGCCGCCUCCCGGCCCCCGGCCCCGGCGGAGCCCGGCGGGCUGCCCGCCCUCCGCGGCGCUCCCGGCGGAGUCAAGCCGGAGCUGCCGGAGGAGUGGGGCUGCCCCGGCUGGGCUCCCGCCGCCCCGGCGCUGCGCUGCUCCGGCGGCCUGGGGAGCUGCUUCGCGGAGAUAAGAGACGAUAGGGAAUCCGAACUCACAUUCCCACACUCUGAUUUUUCCAAUAAUGCCAAGAGUACUGACCUAACAAUUAACUGUGUUGCAAAGGGGGCCUCUUCACCUAGCCCAAAGACAAACAAUGCAUUUCCACAACAAAGAAUACUCAGAGAGGCAAGGAAAUGCCUUCAAGCAACUACUACACACCGUGCAGAUAACAAUACAAUAGCUGCUAGGUUCUUAAAUAAUGAUUCUUCAUCAGCGGCAGCAAAUUCAGAGAAAGAUUCCAAAAUCCCUCAUUGUAUUGAAUUUGCCACGGAUUUGCCCUCUUUACAAACUGAUCCUGCGGAGGAUGCUGCUUCUCCAGGGGCAGCAGCAGCAGCUGAGCUCCGGUGCACUGAUACAGGCAAUAAGGCAUUGCCAUUCCUGCACAGCAUUAAAAUCAAAAUAGAGGACAGCAGUGCGAACGACGAGUAUGAGCCUGAUCUUACAACACAUAAGCUAAAGUGUGAGUGCAAUGAUACUAAGGAUGAGUUUUACGGUGUGACUGAGAGUAAUAACCAGGACGCUUUAUUAACAGGCAAGGAAGAUUCUGCAUGCACUGAGAAAGAAACCACUUCCUUAAACCCACUGACUCAGAGUCAGGUCCUCUCAUGCACUUUAGGUACUCCAAAACCUGAGGAUGGGGAGUAUAAAUUUGGAGCAAGGGUGAGAAAAAAUUACAGGACACUGGUUUUGGGAAAGCGACCUGUACUGCAGACUCCUCCAGUCAAACCAAAUUUGAAAUCAGCUCGAAGCCCACGUCCUACAGGUAAAAUCGAGACACAUGAAGGAACACUGGAUGAUUUUACAGUUAACAAUAGACGCAAAAGGGUAGCCAGCAAUGUAGCAUCAGCAGUGAAAAGGCCAUUUAAUUUCAUGGCAAAUUUUCCCUGUCCACCAUCGCUAAUUAUUGGCAAUGAUGGGGAUUUGUUGCCAGCCUAUUCCUUAAACACCACUAAGGAUUCCCAACCACCUCACAAGGCCCAUCCUGUAUGGAAAUGGCAGCUGGGCGGUUCUGCAAUACCUCUUCCACCUAGCCACAAAUUCAGGAAAUUUAAUUAAUAAAGUAGUUUGGAAAAUAUUUUCUUGAACCACCUUUAACUUUCUUAUUUUUUUUUUAAACUCUGCAGCAUGGUUUGUACAAACCCAUUAAUGCUAUACACUUUUGGAAUCCUGUUUUAUCACUUUCUGAAGACAGAAACCGGAUUACUAUUUUAUUUACCAUUACAACAGAGGGGGUUUUUUCCUUCUUUUGGGGUUUUGGUGGGGUUUUUUUUGGUUGUUGUUGGUUUGGGCUUUUUUUUGUUUAUUUUUUCUGUUGCAUUGUUUUUGUUUUUUGUUUUUGUUUUUUUAUUAUGUUACAUUCCACAGAGUACUUCAGGCUAAAGACUCAAGUUAAACUCAGUUAUUAUGGUAGAGCUGGAACACUUUACUGUUUAAAUGCUAAUAAUGCACCAGUACCUCAAUUCAACUGCUGCAAAUAAAUGUCAAAAGGUUGAAUAAUAAAUAUUAGAAUGAGCCAUUAAAUUUAUGCACUAGAUUUUGAAAAUGGAAGUCUAACUGUUAAUUCAGUUAAACUUUGUUAAGUUACAUGGUUGCACAGUAAGGGUUCACUAUAAUUCAAUGUGGCAGCAGUCUACUUUUCGGGAGCUUUGUUUUCGGGUGCAGGGGUGUCUUUUUUGAAGAGCAGUUGCACUUACUCCUUUUUCUCCGGUUUGGAAAAGACUGGGGUCUGCCUGUGACCCCAGCUCUGGGAAAAGCUGCCUCAUUUGAAACCAGUAAAUAAAUGUGGAAUUCUAUUUUUGGUAAAAGGGUGUCUUUUUACUUGUACAGCCACUCUUUGUAAUUGGGAAGCCUUUUUGUUUCA